AUGCAUACCAUCACGGUGCUCGGGAAAGGUGUGGGGGCGGUCACUGCUUUCAUCGGCUACGGCGCCAGUCACGGGCCACGCUCGACAAUGGGCCCCCACAGAGCGCACUUCCCGCCGUUUUCUGCGCUACCGCCAGGCAGGCAGCGCCGGGGCCACCCUGGUGAGGGCGAGCAGGGCUUUGCCGAGGCGGCGGCGCGCCGCGUGACGCAGCGGGCCGCGCCUCCGCGCCGUUGUCGGCGUCGGGACGCGCGUGCCGGGGAGGUCGCUGCCGGGCGGCGGGGCGCGGCGGGCACUAUGAUGCCUGGGGAGACACCGCCGCCGCCCGCCGGGACUGCCGCCGCCGCCGCCGCCUGCGCCAACUGCGGCGUUCUCCAGCAGAAUAUAAAUGAAUAUGUAACAGCAUUAAUUGCACUGAAGCAAAAAAUGAUUGAUGGAGAUCGUUUGCUGACGGAGUAUCAACAGAAAUGCACAGAGCUUCAGUUUGCUGAACGAGAGAUCUCUGCUCUACGUUGCCAAGUGGAGCAGAUGCUUCAGAAAAUCCUGCCUCUGGAAAAGUGCCAGGAAGAGUUGGGUUCCUUGAAAGCAGAGCUGGAAGAGAAAAAGAGUUCUCUCAAGAUUUAUCGGGAGAGUCAACUGGAAUAUGUGAAAAUUAAAGAAGAGAUAGUAAACAGUGAUGCUGUGAGAAAGAAACUGGAAACAAAAGUGAAGAAACUUGAAGAGGCUGCAACAAAGCAUACACAGGACUUCAGACAACUGAAAACUGAAAAGAAAAGGCUUGAAAAAGAGCUAAAACAGGCACAAGGAAAGCUUGAUGGUGUACUUCAAGAGAAGUGCAGAAAAGUUAAGCAUGCGGAGACCCAGAGUUCAAGUGAAGAUCUUAAAACAGAUAUAGACAAAGAAAAAAUAAAACUUCUGUUAGAAGAACUCUGGAUGUGUAUAGACAGUGCAACAGGAAAAAGAAAGAAUCAGGAGAACGAUCCUGUCUGGGUUCCUGUUCAGGGUAAGGCAUGGCCUGAAAAAAGAAGACUGGCUGUUACAGAAGAUCCUGUACAAAUCCAGCAAAAGAUCAGGAAGUGUGAUGGCACAAUGCUGCCUUGGUAUUCUUCACUGGAAGGUGCUGGAAAGCAAAAUUCUGUAACACCUGUGCAACUUGAAGUGAGUACUGAGCCUUUUGGAGGUGACUCUGUUGAGAAGAGGAUUACUGAAGAAUGUCUGCAUGGUGGUGAGGAUAAAACUGUGGAUGUGAUAAUACAGACAGAUGGGGCACAUAGCAGUUCAGACCUCUCUGAUCAGGAACAAAAGGGACCCAGUGGAAUUGUGAUGGAUAUAUUGAAUUGGGCCAGGCCUCUCCCUGCUCUGCUGUCACCAAUACAACAUUCACCCAUAACUACACAGGAUAUAUUGUUUGGAGAAGUCACAGGUUCCAGUGAUGAAGAAGUUGAUUGCAGUGCUUCUGCAGUAGAGGAAAUUUUACAAGAAGACCAAGUUGGGCCUCAGAGUUGUAAUGUAUUCAGCCUCAGUGAGGAGUGUAACAGACAGAGCAAAUCAUGUGAGCACAGUCUUGAUGCAGACAUCUUGCAUAACCUGAGGUGGAAUGAAAAGAUGUCAAGCAAGGAGGAGAGUGAUGCUGAAACACAGCAAACUGGUGCUGCUACUUUAAUUGCAAACAUGGAAACUAACAUGGAAGAGAAUUCUGAGAACAUGGAAACUGAGAAGAGAAACCUAACUGAAGCAAGAGAACAUGAAUUGGAAGCCAAUGAAAACCAGAAAGGAGACAGUGAGGGUAUGCGCAGUGAAGAGGAAGGUUCUUCAACUGAAUUUACAUUACACAACUUUAACCCUCAGAAUCAGAUAGAAAGACAUAGUGAGCUACAGCAAACAGAAGAGAAUGCAAUCUUAAUUGGAUCUGUUGAUUAUGAGGGUACACAUGACAAGCAUGAUGUAUUAAUGAGAGCUGGAAGAGAUGGAUUAUCUGGAGAGACCAAAACUCCCAGGGCAGUAUCUGUUCCCCAAAACAUUACUCAUUUGCCACCUGAGCAAUACACUGUGCUUCAAAGUGAACACUCUAAGGAGAAAUCUGACAUGUUGAUACAGAAUGAAGUAGUUGAAAAUGAACCAAAAAAUGGAAUCAAAGCAAGUGACAUAGGGGAAAAUAUAAAACCAGCAAUAAUUGGAGAGGAAAUGACAGCUGCAAUAGAGGUUGAAGCAAAUAAUGAGAGAGAACUCUCUGAAAAUGUAUUGCCUGAUUUCAGUAGUUCAAAAUCCUUCUGUGAAGUGGAGUGUCCUGAAGAUGUUAUGAUACAUGAUGGGGAGGGAAUAAUUACAGAAACUGAGGCAGACACUGGAUCUGUUGACUGCUUUGUACGCCCUCAGUGCUCUGAAAUAAAACAUGACAGUGAAGAGGUACUGGAGGAACAGUGUAUGCAAACCAUAAAAGAUGGGGAUGACAGAGAGUAUGAACCAGAGACAGUUACAGUCUCUAGACAUUCCUUAUCUUUAUCUGCUGAUGAAGUAAUCAGCAAUUCAUUGUCUAUGGAUGACAUAGACAAAAGUGUAGGUAUGGAGUGGACUGCUUUGUCAGCCUUUACAAAAGAUGAUGAACACCUCAAAACUGAAAACGUGAAUGUAACCAGCCCUGAGACUAUUGAAGUAGCCAUAAAAUUUAAUGGAGAAUGUGUUCUGGAAAUAGCUGAAUCAUCAGAGCUACUCCAUAGUGCAGAAAAUGCACAAUUAGUAGAUAUAAAUGAAGGGGGAUAUUUAAAAGGCAAACCACAGCUGGAAGAAAAUGGUAGUACUUCACCACAAGAGAAGUCAGAAUUGGAAAGUAUACUUGCACUGCCAAAGAUGGCAAGCAUUACUGAUGCAGAAAGCAGUGUAGCUACACGUGAAUCCUCUGUGUUGGAUGUGAUGGCAAUAAAAGGUGAAAUAAAACAACCUGAAAAUCUGUGUAGUACAUUAGAAUGUGGGUCAUCCAAACCUCAAAACUUCAGAGUGCUUGAAUCUCAAGAGACUGGAUUUAACGUCAGUCCAGACAAUUUUGAAGAGGAAAGCAGUGAGCUGUUAGGACGAGUGGAUACCGUUGAGUCUGUCUUAGCAGAAAGUAAUCUUGCGUCUCCAACAGAGUUUGCAAAACCUCUGAAUUACUUCUUGGUAGCUGAAAAUGUUAAAUGUGAUGAAAUAAAAGGGGAAUUAAAUGAACAAAGUCAGGAAUUGGUGACUGAGACUUGUUCCAGUUCAUUUAACUGGGAAGAGAAUGUUGUGAAGAAAAAUAUUUCAGAGAUCAUCUGCUCGCCUGCUUCAGAAAUGGAUUUUAAUAGUAACUUGGCUUUUUCUACUCAAGGGGACUUGGAAAUGGGCUGUAUAAAUACUGAAGAAAUGGAUUCUGCUGUGCAAGUGGGAAUUGGUUUGGAAUCCGCAAUGCCUCCAGAUCUAAAUGUCAGUCUUCAGAAAGUCGUUAGUUUUGUUGAAACCAAUUUCACAGAAAAUGCUGCUUCCCAUACGUGGGAAACCAAAGGAGAUGAAAAUUCUGUUGGUGCACUUAACUGCUCUUCAGAAAGCUUGGAAGAGCCUGCUGAGAUCCUGUCUGCUGAAAGUGACAACAUGUACAAAGAACUGGACUGCCCUGAGAAGGAAUAUGGACACAAAAUUGAUGUGGAAAUUCCAUAUGUGCAUGAGCAGCCAGGAGAUAAAGAACCUAAUAAAUCACACGUCCUAGAUGCAGACUCUUAUAAUGAGAAUACUUUGGCAGUUAGUCAUGUAAGAGCAGACAGUGUGGUGGAUAUGGAUACACACUGUGAAACAAACAACUCCAGAGAUAGUGCAAAUGAAUUGUCAGGUGAGGUUGGGGAGAAUUAUCCUGCAGACCUAGCCUCUUGGAAAAGAGAGGACAUAUUACUAACCUCUGAAAAUAGUGAGGAUACUAUUGAAUGCAUGGUAGAUUCUAACAGAACUGACAGUGAUAGCGAGGGAGGUCUGUUAAAACCUAAGACAUCAAAAGAAAGCCUUGAGGUGCCAAAUGCUUCCAAAAAUACAUUACCAGUAUGCCAGAUGUUAACUAGUGUCUCAGAAACUUACAGACUGUCUGAAAGAAACAGUAAAUCAAGCACCAAAAUGCUAGCAAUUGGAAAUUCUUUAGAAGAAAAUGAUUCUGAAAAGCUUCAGUCAAAUGUGGAGCAAAACCUACUACACAGUGUUGAUAGGGGGAUCCCAGUGUCUGAAGAAUAUAGUCACAAUCAACCUAGCACCACUUGCAACAUGGGAGAAGACAACACUAAUGUUAUCCUAGAUGGUAGCAGUAGAAAAAAACCUGUCAAGUAUCUUCCAAAUCAAGCCCUAUCUGAUGCAGAGUGCAACUGUCAGAAAGGUAGGCAGCCUUCUGAGGCACAAAACGCAGUAUCUGAGAAGUUACAUAUGUUGGAGUCAGAGUCUUAUGUGGAUGAUGCUCUGAAAAAGAGCAACAGAUUGUGCAAAAAGCAAGAACCAUCUGAAAUCCUGGCUGUUUCAACCAUCACAGCUGCCCAAGUCAUGCAAGCCAAGCUAUCAAAGAGGCUUCAAGGUAAAAGAAAAACCCUCAAAGCUAAACUAACUCAGCCAGUUGUUGCAAAUGCUAAUACUCCUCUGCCAAUGAAAUGCUCAUCUGAGAAUAUCAAUAAAAUUAGGCAAGAGAUGGGUCCUCCUCUACCCCCCUUGCUACUGCCUUUGAUUGCUACUCCUCCAAAAGCCGCACGUACCACAUCCUCAGCGAUGUCUUCUACUGAUCCAUCCUCUUUGCUUUCCCCUCUUGAUGACUUGAUAUCCCCGCUACAUGAAACUCCUGUUCCUCCUCUCAUGUCUCCAUUGACAGACACUCCAACAGUAAAAUCUGCUCUUUUAUUUUCCCCUCCCUCACCCUCAGAAGCUGCAGUAGGCAGAAGGAUUCGCUCCUCACCUUUGAAAUUUUGUACUUCCAUUCCAAAGCACGCGCUUCCUGUCCCCGGGAGAUUGCCUCUGUUGGCAGCCGAUGGCCCUGCUCCAGGCGCUCCUCAGGAGAACUCUGUGAAAAUAUUGGACACUAUGUAUCCAGAGCUGUCUGCAAGGGCAAGGACACUAAACAUUCUGAAAGGCAAUAUUCAGCUGAACCGAUGUGCUUUUUCAGACAGCCAAAGUUUGACAGGACCUGUGGCUCAAAUAGGUGGGUUCAAAGCAAUUGCAUCUAAAUCCACGGCGUUUGUUAAAACUGGCAGCAAUUUGAAAGCUGAGAAUCAUAAAGAUCAAGACGGAGAUGUGCAGAAUCAGCAGUUGUUUCCUUGCUCAUCAAAUCAUCUUGAAAAAGGGACCCUAUUGCCAAUGCCUAUGCCAAGAAGUGCAAAGAGACUGAGGCUGGACAGUGAACCAUCAAAGCUAGAGCCCAAUGAUACUGCUGCUGUCAGAAACACUAAAAAUAUGGUCUCAGAAACACAGGAGGCUUCUCAUGACAAAAGCUGUGAAAUCAGUAAGUCAGCACAUGGUUCCAGUUUAGAAGCAUCACUACCAGUAAACAAAGCUACUGAACUCGACAGCCAGAAAGUGUCUUUGGCAUUGAAGAAAAUUGCUGAAUCCUGUUUUGACUUAUUACCAGUUAUAAAAGGUCACGUGUAUGUCGGCAAUACCUCAAAGAUUCCAGUAAUGAGAGAUGAAGAGAAAGAAGUUGUCUAUGAAUUUGGUGUAAAAAACAAGCAUUUAGCAGAGUCCUUGCUGCAUGGUAUUCUCAAUAAACUAAAGGCUCAGAAGAGUGCCACAAAUUAUAACUUCAACCAGGCUCUGUGUCGAGUCUAUACAGGAAUUUGUCGCCAGCUGGGAGAUUUGGAACGAGCUCGCCUUUUCUGCUAUAGCCUCCUUAAAGAAGGCUUUCCAGACUCAGAAAAAUUGACAUUAUUUAUCACAAAUGUAUGGUCUGACAUAUUUGUCUUCCAAGGUGCAAUUAACAAAGCUAUGCAAUUAGUUGUCCGGCAGAAUGCAAGCAAUGACACGCUGUCCUGUUUGGGUGCUUACCUCAACUGGGAACAGAGUUCCUCUUUAGAUGCUGGUACUAUGGUCUCAAACCUGCUUUUAGAAAUGCAGUCAUGUCCAAAAGUAGAAUUUCAGCUGAGUGAGUGGUAUGGAGAAGAUCUGAGUGAAGAUGCUUGGCAGUAUAUAUUUGCUGUUGAUCUACUCUGCUGUCACCUGAAGUGGGACUGGACACAUGACAAUGUUAUAAGCAAAGUGCUUUGGCCUUCUAUGGAUAAAUGGAUAAAGAAGAGAAAGGGGCAUGAAACUGCUCAGUCCAUUCCUGAUAGUGUUAUAGCAUCGACACUCAGGCUGAUUGGUCGAUUGAGCCACAUAGGUGUGAAGGAAGGAUGUCUUGCUGCAGUGAAGAAUAUUAGCUCUGUAAUUGGACUGUUUGUACAGCACGCAAAAGAGGAAGGUGUUCCCUGGGGUGUGCAGCUGGCAGCUGUGUAUUCACUGUGUGACUUAGGUUCAAGCAAUCCAGAAGGUAUUGUUGAGACCAUCCAAGCUUGGAAAGCAACAGUUGUUAACAACGUCCCUCCGGCUGUCACAGAUAGCAUAGCUGAAAUCACUUCUUUGUGUAAAAUGGAGCUGAACUGAAGUCUAGGGAAGUGGACUGAUCUAAAGGAAGAAGUGCCUUAUUUUACUGAGCAGUAAUUAGCUGCAGUUUUAAAGGGGACACACCACAUUGUAGGUUUUUACAUUUUUAACAGAAUCUCUGAUCACUCACAGCAAGCUGAAAUAUUUUGACUCUUCUGUUUGAGGGAAGAGGUUAAAAAAAAUACACAGACAAAACCAAAACAAACAGAAAACAAGCUUGAUUUUUAAUAAUAACUCAUCACUGAUCUGCAAAAACCAGGACAUCUUUGACUCCUGAGAUGGUUGCUGGUUUGAUGUCAGUAAAAUUUAGUAAUAGUUUCAUUAUUUUACUUCCAUUGGUUUGGAGCAUGGACUGUUUGACACAACAGAAGCUUGAGCCUGGCUGAAAAACCUGGCUGUUAUUUUGUACUGUAUUUAUAAAGUAACUGUCUAGAUAGCAGAACCUUGCCCAGAUUCUGCUUUAUUUUGCUUGAGUAGUCUCAUAACCUUAAUUUAAAAUACUUGUGUAUGACAGGUAGGAAGUGACUUUUUGUGUAACAAUCUUGUAUAGAGUAACAGAGAGAAGAAAUCUCUGAACUUGUAUAUAUGGUAUAUUCUGAUAAUGUGUCUCACAUUUGAUAUUGUUCCACUUGGGGAAUUUUGUGUAUGUAAAUAGAAAGUUGGUUCAAAGAAAAAGUUCACCUUUCUAAUGAUCGCUUCACUACACUCUGUGUUUUUAUAUCUUUCGUAAUAAAAGAA